UUUUUUUUGUUGACAUUUUGAUAACCAAAAUAUGUGCAAUCAAAUGAUUAUAAAAUAUGUAGUAAUGUUUUUGUUUACAAAAUUUUAAAUUUUUAACACAAGUAUAAAAAAUCGGUUAUGUAUUUUUAAAAAUAUUUAAUAAAAAACUAAAUUAUAAAAAAAAUACAUUAACAUCAAUGGCAAACGUUGAUCGUGUGGACAACGUAGUCUCUUCUCAGACGCAAUUAGUUGGAGAAGAGGAAGUACAGGCACAACCGCCAGUAUUGAGAUUGCGUCUAAAGAAGCCAAAAUCAAAACGUUCUGUUGCUUGGCGUGAGGACACGGUCGACAAUGAACACGCAAACAAAAAAAAAUCAAAGUGUUGCUGUAUCUUUCGAAAACAACACGAAUUUGGUGAGAGUUCAUCAGAAAGUGAUGACGAUUGUGAAAAUUGUUUCGGUCAUCCGGAGAAACGUAAAAAGAACCAAAAGCCUGCACCGCCGGAACAAAACGAUUUAGAUGCUAAUGAGAAUAACAAUAAUGAUACUGAAAAAGAUAACAAUUAAACAACAACGCCAAUAAAAUAAUUAGAUUUGUGCAGGGACCGAAAAUAACAGUCAUUUCAAAAAUGUUGAAGAAAAAAACCGCAACAUAAAGUUGUUUAAACUUAUAUUUAAGUAUAUAGUUAUUAUAACUAUAUCAUUUCAUUUUUAAUAUGCAUGCUUGUUAUAUAUGUGAGUGUUUUAAAAUAAAACU